CCGAGAAACUUUAACUAACCGCCUUCUCACCUUACCUUACCUGCCAACAUUACUCGUAUUUAAAUGUGUUACUUUCUUCAUGCAUUCUCAGUAAUCGCAUUCGACAAAGUAACUGCGGAAUAUACGGAAUGCAGGUGGAAUAAGUGCGCAGUAGUAAUGAUCAACCGUAUCCAUGCUAAUAACGACGCACAUAUCAGCUGCGCAUGGGUGGGCUCUUGGGACAACCGUUGGGGCGCAGAUCCGUCCUACAUAUACGGGAUGGAUUAUACGUUACGUCGUGCCGAAUGAACGAUUCCUUUCCCCAGCUUUGCUGGAGAGUUGGGAGGGGAGGGGAGGGGAGA